CACCCCGGCCGGGCUGGGGGAAGUCGCGGCAGAGGCGCUGCCGGCGGUUCGAGGUCCGGAUGCGCCGCGCGCCAGAGGGGGGCGGCCCCGGCAGCAGCCCCAGCGGCCCGGAGCGCAGCGCUGGAUGUAUCUAAGAAUGGCUGCAUUAUUCCCUUCCUUGUUACUUUAUUUCUGGAUCUCAAAGUGGCUAUAAUCCUGAGGAAGAAGACCAAAUGUCUUAAUAAAUUAUGGCAAACAAUCCACUGAUAUAACAUCAUUCUGGAAAAACAAAAAUUUGUUUUUAAAAAAUUGGAUGUAGAAGUCCUCUAAUAAAAGGAGACAUUUAAAGUUUUCAAGGCUUUCAGCAAUCCAGGUCUUACAAAAUGAACCGUUAUACAACCAUGAAACAACUUGGCGACGGCACCUAUGGCAGUGUACUCAUGGGAAAGAGCAAUGAGUCAGGAGAGCUUGUGGCUAUCAAAAGGAUGAAAAGAAAGUUCUAUUCUUGGGAUGAAUGUAUGAAUUUGAGAGAAGUCAAGUCUCUUAAGAAACUGAAUCACGCCAAUGUGAUAAAACUGAAAGAAGUUAUCAGAGAAAAUGACCACCUUUACUUUGUGUUUGAGUAUAUGAAGGAAAAUCUCUAUCAGUUAAUGAAGGACAGAAACAAGUUGUUCCCUGAGUCAGUCAUCAGAAACAUUAUGUAUCAAAUAUUACAGGGGCUAGCUUUUAUCCAUAAGCACGGUUUUUUCCAUCGGGAUAUGAAGCCUGAAAACCUUCUCUGUAUGGGUCCAGAGCUCGUGAAAAUAGCUGAUUUUGGAUUGGCUAGAGAACUAAGAUCUCAACCACCGUACACAGAUUAUGUUUCUACCAGAUGGUACCGUGCUCCUGAAGUUUUGUUGAGAUCUUCUGUUUAUAGCUCUCCUAUUGAUAUAUGGGCUGUUGGUAGCAUAAUGGCUGAACUGUACACGCUGAGACCUCUUUUCCCAGGGACAAGCGAAGUAGAUGAAAUCUUCAAAAUUUGCCAAGUAUUAGGGACUCCAAAGAAGAGUGACUGGCCAGAAGGGUACCAGCUUGCGUCUGCCAUGAAUUUCCGCUUCCCACAAUGUAUCCCUAUGCACCUCAAAACUCUCAUUCCAAAUGCCAGCAAUGAGGCAAUACAGCUUAUGACUGAUAUGCUAAACUGGGAUCCAAAGAAACGACCUACAGCAAGUCAGGCUUUAAAAUACCCUUAUUUUCAAGUUGGCCAAGUUUUAGGACCUCCUCCACAAUAUUUGGAACAGAAACAAUCUGUUAUUAAACCUGGUCAGCCAACAGAGCCAAAGCCAAAUCUACCGAAAUUAGAACCUGUAUCAAAACUAGAAUCUGUAUCCAAGCCAGGAUCUCAGUCUUCACCUGAUGCACUUGACGAGACUCAGCCACAACUUCUGUCAAAGAUUAAUCACCAACCUCUCCAGCAAAUCCAGCUGCCACAGAAUACAACUAACCAGCAACUACCCCAACAGCAGCAGCCGCAACCACUUCUUCCAGCCAUCAAUAAAAACUCAUCACCAAAGCAAGCAAUCACAGGCCCACAAAAUGGUGCAGUUGGUCUUAAAAAUUGCAGGAGACGAUGGGGUCAGGCUCUGUUAAAGACUGUGGACAGUUGGGACGACUUGGAGGACACAGAAUUUGGAAUUUCGUAUUCCAAGAAGCCCAGCAUUUCACAGUUAAAGGAAAAGAAAACAAAAGAGUUUCUGUUUAGCAUGCCAGAGCCAAAGGCCUUGGGCUGUAUCCAGUCAGGAGGGGAAAGCAAAGCUCUGAGGCGAAAUGACUCUGGAAUAUCAAAUACAUCAGCAAAACAAUACUACCUGAGACAAUCAAGAUAUCUUCCUGGUGUAAACCCUAAGAAUGUCUCCUUAGUAGCAGCCAGUAAAGAAGGCUCUCAAGGAAUCUGGAACAAUUCAUUGUUUUCUAAACCACUAGGGCCUACUGGAGGAGGUCUGUCUUUUAACAGAACGAAUGCAGGUGCUGCUUACAACCCGUCUGGAGGAUAUAUCCCUUCCUUUCAUAAAAAAGAAGUUGGAUCUGCUGGACAAAGGAUACAACUAGCUCCUCUUGGUGCAUCAGCAUCAGAUUAUUCUUGGAAAACCAAAGCUGCUCGUGCUCAAUUACCAGGCCCUACUUACAAUCCAGCUGCAAAAAACAUGAAUAUCCUGACCCGCCCACCUCCAAUUCAACCAGUACAUGGAAGAACAGACUGGGUGGCCAAAUAUGGAGGACAUCGAUAGAAGCCCUGUCUCAUGGUGCACUUUUCAUGCAAGCUACAUUGUCAUCCUACACUGGGAAUAUGAAAUGUAUAUUUCCCUUAAUUUCUGUUAAGACUGUGCAACAAUAGAAAGACUGGAGAUCUUGUAUUUUAUUUCUUCUACAGGUAAUAAAAUACAUUUUACAUAGCAAUAUUCAAAACACUGGCUAAAAGAUGGGAUUUUAUGAAAUAAUGUAUAUAGCAUCUUGCCAAAAUUGAGUAUUUGAACUACUAAUAGAAAAAGUGUACAUUUUAUUAGAAAACUUUCUGUAGACUCAACUGCUGCCCCGUACACUUAAAAUUGCUUGACUUUAAUUUGUCCUAUAUGAGUAAUCCUGCACUGGUGAUUUGUGAAGUAACAACUGGCUUCUGAAUGGAUGCUGCUUCCUUGUGCAAGUUCCUUUCUAUGAAGUUGAACAGUGAAAGCACAAAUAGUGUUCUGAGGAGAAAGAUAUGCUGUGUUGCUAGCUAAACAAAGGUCCCAGCACUGAGCUAGAUGUGUUUGGUGUUUCCUUAGGGAUAGUCUCUGCACAAUUGUAUACAUUGGUGAGUACUUACUCCUACAAGCAAGCCAUGGAACUAUUUGUGUGUAAGUACUCACCAACAAGAGAAAGGGUUGCAUUAUUUAGCCCUAAGCAGUGUAGUGAUGGGAGUUUGGGAACACAACUUACCAAGUAGUGAAUGCUACAGUCAUGGGGCCAAGGUACCCUAAGACUUUAAAAAAAAACUACUAUUAUAAUUAAGCUAUGUGUAGAUUAGGCCACAGUUCUGUAGCUCCCCCCCACACACACACACAUUGCCCAGUUGAAGUCUUAAUGAGGUUACAAAGAAUCAGUUACGCAGUAUAUUUGGCUUAUUGACUGGCUAAUUCACCAAAAUACUAGAUAACUGGUUAGUUAACUCCCAUUGAACUGUAGUGUCUUUUCUUAGUGACUAUAAAAUUAAACUAUAGAAUUCCCCACUACUUACAAAAAUUCACCAAACUACAUAAGACUGGAAAUGAGACUGUUAGUGGAAGAAAAAAUUUAAGAUUGUUUUCCUUAUUGAAGUAAGGAUCCAACUCCUGGUUUCUAAUAAGUAUACAAACUCCUCUGAUGCAAGUAGGAGGUAUGCAAUAGUCAAAGAUCUAUAAACUUGUCCAUCAACAACACAUUUCUUCUAAUAGGUUAUAUUUUAAUAUGCUAAAUCAAGGACUUUAUAUCUUCCAAGAAGCUGUUGGGGUUUUUUAAAAUGUUAUCCUGGGAUGUGUGCUGUUAAAACCUGCAUUUAAAGUAGAAAUUGUAGACUUAAUAGCUACAUUAAAUCUGCCAUUUUAAAGUCCUAAAUGUGUAUGCACUCAAUUUUUAUACCUUUAAAAGUACAGUUAUGGAUUGAUCCAAGUAUUGUAAAAAGUAUUUUGUAUAGAUUUUAUGAGUGUAUAAAAAUUUUUAGUUCUUGUUGUAGACCUAAUUUGCCAUAAUCCAGUGGUUAUGUAAUUUACAGGUGCUCAAUUUAAUCAGAGGCAGACUAGCCAUAAAAAGUAAACUAUUUUGCUAUGAAAACUUCACCCUAAAUAGUAGCUAAAUAAAAUGUCAAAAUGUAAUACUGGAAAAGUUGUUAAUAGUAUCUGUAGUGUGAUGUAGGAAUUUCUGAUUAGUAUUUACUACAGAGGACUUCAAUCCUAUGUUGUGUUUUUCUUUACUGGUUUGUCAGUCCUUCAAAACUAAUCUUCCUUGUAUUAUUUAAAGGCAGUUUUUAAUAUGCUAUUUAAUUACUGGUUAUGUUACUAAAGGACAGACAGACUUUCAAAACAGGCCUGGUUCAUUAGUGCACUGUGAAUUGGAAAGCACUGACUUCAUAAUAAAGAUCACUUCUCAGGAUUA